AUGCCCAUCUCCUAUCCCCUCAUGCGCCCUGCCCCCAUGGUGUGCGCCCUGCCCCGGCAGGUGGCAGCAGUGGCGGCGGGGGCGGACGAGCUGGCAGACGAGCUGGACCCCGCCCUGCAGGCGCAGCUCGUCAGCCGCGUUGAGCGCCGCCGACAGAAAGAGGCACGGCGGGCAGCGCGGGAGGGCGGGGAGAAGAAGAGGAAGGGGAGGAACAGGAGGCAGGGGGAGAAUCGAGGGGAGGAGGGUGAGGAGAUGAGGAAGAUGAGCAGGGGGAAUGAGGAGGGGAAGGAGGAGGUGCGGAUGGGGGAAGGUGAAGGAAUGGGUGGCUGGGUGGGAGGAGUGGAAUGGGAUGCGGAGCGAGAAGUCGCGGGAGAGCAGACAGGUAAGACUCAGCAAGGAAACAGUGAUGUGGGAGACGGGAUGGGGGAGAUGGGCGUGUGGAGUGACUAUCCCGUGAAUCUGCUGCCAUGUGUGCACCCAAGGGGCCACUGCCAAUCCCAAUUCAGUGAAUGGGCCCACGGUGGACUCCUGUGUCCCACUCGCACCAUCAUUUUCCUACCAGUAGCCACGAGAAAAGGGCAAAAUCUAACAUGUGCUGCCCAUCCCUCCACUGAUGCUCAUCCCUCCACUGAUGCCCUUCCCUCCACUGCUGCUCAUCCCUCCACUGAUGCCCUUCCCCCCGCUGUUGCCCAACCCCCCACACCUGCUGCCGACCCCCCCACUGCUGCCGAUCCCCUGGCUGGUGCCCAACCCCCUACUGCUCACAUCACCCACGCCACCACCGACGCUCCCCAUCCCCCUUGCCAGCAUCCCGUAGACUCCUCUCACCGUCCCCUCACCUUCCCCCCGCCUCCUCCCUCCUCCUCUCAGCCGCCCCUAGCCUCCUCUCAGCCCCCCUUCGCCUCUUCUCAGCCCCCCUUCGCCUCCUCUCAGCCCCCCUUCGCCUCUUCUCAGCCGCCCUUCACCUGCCCUAAGCCCCUCGCUCCAGCCUCUCAGCGCCUCUGCCAAGCACCCACGAGCGACCCCCUUCCGCCCACCCGAGAGGGAGAGGAGGGAGGGGGAGAGGGAUGGGGAGGAGGAGGAGGAGGAGGUGAAGGAAGAGGGGGAUUGUUUGCAGAUGUGUGGGUGGGGCAGGGAGGUUGGAGGGAGAGUGAGAGGCGAAGGGAGGUGGAGCGGAGGGUGAGAGAAAGGGAGAUGGGGCGGCUGAGCAGCUGCGGUGGGGUAGGGAGGGGUGUGGCAGGGAGUGAUGUGGGGCAGAGGGGCAGGGGGCAUGGGGAGGGGCGGAGUAGAGGAGGAGGAGAGGGGGAGGGGUGGGAAGGGAGGGCAGGGGGUGAGGGGUGGGAAGGGAGGGCAGGGGGUGAUGAGGGCCGCUGGCGAGGGGCGUGCAGUGAGCCUCCCCACGCUGGUGAGCCGCUGCCACGGCCCCCGCAAGCCAGAGACCGCCCUGCCGCCCCCAGCGCGAUGCGCGCGGCUGCAACACCGGAUUUGGCAGAGCCGGUGGGAAGGGCGGGAAGCACUGUGAUUGGGCAGAAAGGGCUGGCGAGUGGACUGCUGCUGCGCGCGAGCGAGGGGAGCGGCAGGGGGCAGGGGGGAGCGGAGGGGCAUGUGCAUGGGCGAGGGCGUGGGAGCGUGCAAAACAGGAAGGAGCCCGAAAAGGGGGAUUGCAGUGAGGAGCAGCUGAUAAGAGGGCAGGGAGGUGUGGGUGCGUGUAGUGUGGGGGCCAGUGCGGGGGUGGGGGAAGUAGCGGAGGGCAGUGCGAGGGAGGCGGAUGCUACACACACUGGCACUGCUGGCACUCCCCCCUGCGUGCGCGACGACGCUCAUUCCCCCGCCGCUGACCGCGCUGCGGAUGGCAGUGCCGCACCGGCUGCACCAGCAAGCUUGCUUGGGGGAGCAAGCGAGGGGCUGGUUCCCCCGCGAGAGGACAUCUCGCUGGGCAAGGAGGCCGUGCCCAUCCUGUGGGUGAACGAGCACAGCCACGAGCAGCCGCCCGCCACGUGGAUGUACAUGGAGAGGAGCGUGCCUGCCAGCCACAAAGUCAAAUACGUCAUGUUACGAGCCAUCGUGAAUAUGUUCGAUCGUGAUUGGUGGAGUGAGAAGUUAACAUGUAGAGUGCACGUGUGGCUGCCAUGCAGCGCGUUGGAUCGCAUCGACACGUUCUGUGAGGGCUGCCCAGAGGACUGCAUGGGCCACAUCCACUGCCAAUGCACGGCGCCGCUGCGGGGCAACUGGGCGUACACGAGGGAUGGCACUCUCACGGACGCCUUCUUGAGGACGGUGGAGAUGGAGGUGGAGCAGGGCGACGAGGCGGAGCGGAGGGGCAACAGGCAGUUCUGCCGUCCUGAGCGCUUGCUGUGGUGCCCCGUGAAUGCAGCGCAGCUGAAGCAGGCCAUGGAUGCGAUGGCCCAACACCACUUGCCCGGGGAUGCGAUGGCGCCAGUGAGGCUGGGUGACUGUCGUGCGAGGGCCCUUGAGGCGUGUGUGGCGUGCCCCGGGCAUCCCGUGCGCACGUUCAUCAAGGAGUGCUUUGUCAAAUGCAGAUGCGGCCGCACGUGUGGCAACCGCGUGGUGCAGCGUGGCAUCACAAGGCGCUUGGAGGUAACUCACGUCCACAAUUGCCGUAGGAUGUAA